GUACCGCAGUGUCUGCUCCGCCCGCCCGCCCUGGUCCGGCCCGCCCCCCUCCCCCACCCCCGCCCCCGGUCCCGUCGGCGGGGCCCGGAACCCACUGUGCCGUCGCCUCCCUUUUUCGACGCCUCCGCCGCCGCCUGAGGAGGCGAGCUCGCCGGGAGUUACCCCGCCACCGCCAGGAUGGACAGAAUGACGGAAGAUGCGCUUCGCCUCAACCUGCUGAAGCGGAGCUUGGACCCGGCGGACGAGAGGGACGACGUCCUGGCUAAGCGGCUCAAAAUGGAGGGGCACGAGGCCAUGGAGCGCCUGAAGAUGCUGGCGCUGCUGAAGCGGAAGGACCUGGCCAAUCUGGAGGUGCCGCACGAGUUGCCCAGCAAGCAGGACGGCGGUGGCGUCAAGGGCUACGAAGAGAAGCUCAAUGGGAACCUCAGGCCUCACGGAGACGGCAGGCCGGCAGGAAGGCCGGGCAAAGAGAACAUCAGCGACGAGCCGGUGGAUAUGAGCGCGAGGCGGAGUGAGCCAGACCGAGGAAGGCUGACUCCCUCCCCAGACAUCAUUGUUUUAUCUGAUAAUGAGGCUUCCAGUCCCCGUUCCAGCUCCCGAAUGGAAGAAAGACUCAAAGCAGCCAACCUAGAGAUGUUUAAGGGGAAAGGCAUGGAGGAACGGCAGCAGCUCAUCAAGCAGCUGAGAGAUGAGCUACGGCUGGAGGAAGCUCGGCUGGUGCUGUUAAAGAAACUGAGGCAGAGCCAGCUACAGAAAGAGAACGUGGUCCAGAAGACCCCAGUCGUGCAGAAUGCCGCGUCCAUUGUUCAGCCGUCUCCUGCCCACGGGGGACAGCAGGGCCUGUCCAAGCUCCCCUCCCGGCCUGGAGCCCAAGGGGUUGAACCACAGAGUCUGAGAACAUUACAGGGUCACAGUGUUAUCCGCUCGGCGGCCAGUACCGCGCUCCCACAUAUGCUGAUGUCUCAACGUGUCAUCGCACCGAACCCUGCCCAGCUGCAGGGCCAGCGGGGCCCUCCCAAGCCUGGCCUUGUGCGCACCACAACACCCAGCAUGAACCCUGCCAUCAACUACCAGCCGCAGUCGAGUUCUGUUCCCUGCCAGCGCACAGCAUCCUCCGCCAUCUAUAUGAACCUUGCCUCCCACAUCCAGCCAGGGACCGUGAACAGAGUGUCCUCACCACUUCCCAGCCCUAGCGCCAUGACUGACGCCGCCAACUCCCAGGCCGCAGCCAAGCUGGCUCUCCGCAAACAGCUGGAGAAGACCCUCCUGGAGAUCCCGCCCCCGAAGCCCCCCGCCCCCCUGCUCCACUUCCUGCCUAGUGCAGCCAACAGCGAGUUCAUCUACAUGGUGGGCUUGGAAGAGGUCGUCCAGAGCGUCAUCGACAGCCAAGGCAAGAGCUGCGCUUCGCUCCUGCGGGUCGAACCCUUUGUCUGCGCCCAGUGCCGCACAGACUUCACCCCGCACUGGAAGCAGGAGAAGAACGGGAAGAUCCUGUGUGAGCAGUGCAUGACCUCCAACCAGAAGAAGGCUCUGAAGGCCGAGCACACCAACCGGCUGAAAAACGCGUUUGUUAAAGCCCUACAGCAGGAACAGGAGAUUGAACAGCGACUCCAGCAGCAGGCCGCCCUCUCCCCUACGGCGGCUCCCGCCGUGUCCAGUGUCGGCAAACAAGACACCAUCAUGAGACAUCAUACGCUUCGGCAGGCCCCACAGCCCCAGAGCAGCCUGCAGCGUGGAAUCCCCACCUCUGCCCGGUCCAUGCUCUCCAACUUUGCACAGGCGCCCCAGCUCUCCGUGCCGGGCGGCCUCCUCGGGAUGCCAGGUGUCAACAUCGCAUACUUGAACACCGGCAUCGGAGGACACAAAGCUCCCAGUUUGGCGGACCGACAGCGGGAGUACCUUUUAGACAUGAUCCCUCCCCGGUCUAUAGCGCAGUCCAUCAGCGGGCAGAAAUAACGCCUGUCCACGCGCACUGCCCCGGCCUCGAACCCUCUACCCCUCCUCUCCCGUUGCCCCCAACUUCCGUCGCAUGCAGUGCCUGUACUGGUGCCUACCAUACACGGAAAAAACCGAGAAACAGAAGACAGACCUAGAAAUCAACAGGAAGACCCGCGCCUGCCCCGCCACCCCCCACUGCUGCGACCCUGCUGCUCUGUCUUCUCUCCUGUCCCCAUUCACAGGGAGGUGCCCCUCGCCUCUGGUGGAGGUCAGAGGGAGGGCCUGGGGAGCCAUCUAAGCCCUCUGACGUGUGUCUCUAAAGUUUUUAUGCUAUAAUUAUUGUCAUUUUUAAUGAUGAUGUGUCUCCUCCCUUUGUUCAGUGGACGGUUAAACCUUUUUAUUUUCCCUCAAUAUUUUUCUUUUUCCCUUUACUUUUGCCUUUUUUUUUUUUAAGCACAGAUGACAGAUAAGUGACAGGAGCACUGCAGGGGCUCCCCAGGGGACAUGACUGGGGGUGUCGGGAGCAGAAGUUUGUAAUGCACUUAACCUGGGGGGGGGCAUCAAACAGAGGACAUCAGCCUUGGGUGUCUCUGGUCUGGACAGUCUGGGAAGCAGUGUUCGUGCUGAAGUCGGGCUCUGAGAAUGAGGGGAAGGAGCCUGGAGGGAGAAGCUUUAACCCACAGAGAAGGGGACGAGGGACAUGAGGACAAGUGGUGUUCAGCCAAGAGGGACGGAGGCUGGUCUUGGCCUCCUGGAUGCUCUCCUGGUCCCAGUGGAGACGGAAGUCUGUCAACUAGCCCAAAAUUAUUUCAUCUUAUUUUCUUUGUAAAAUUCUGCCCCUCCCCCAACCACAUAUUUACUCCUGAUCUGCUCCUGGCAAGAGAGAAGCGUAGCCCCAGCUCUUAUGUGGCUGUUCCAGCCCAACGUAGCCGGGGUCCUAGGAGUUGGGCUGGGCAUGGUGAGUGAGACCGCGCAGCGCAGAGACUGGGGGCGGGCAGGGGCCAGGAGGGCUUCCUCUCUGAGCCGGGGAGACUCCGUCCAUCUUGCCCUCCCAGGGCCCGGAGGAGAGGGCAGGGAGGGAGGCCAGAGCAGCCCGGAGUCCUGCUCCAGCCUCCCACAGCAGGUACAGCAGUAACUGCUCGGAGCCAGACCCCUCUGGUCGCCAGCUCUGGACCUCUGUGCCCAGUAGCUGUUGGCUCCCCCCAAGCCCACCCCCCAGAACUCUAGUUAAAGUUUCCUUUUGAGUUGUUUUCAGCUUUUUCUUUAAGCGCUACUAAUGUAGAGAAUGAACUGAAUUGUGCAAUGUUGCUGUUCUGGGGUCGGGGGAGGUUAGCAUCCCAUCUGCCCACACCCCGGGGGUGGGGGCAGGGACCAGGCUGGUUUGGAGGUAAGGGAAGCCCCUUGGAGGCUGGGGUUUCCGCUCUCGCUCUCCGGUAAAGUUCACUCACCUGCCUCUGCAGCUCUAGAAGCUGCCUGAGUGCGGGGUGGGGAGGGAAGGGUUACUCGGAGCAGCAAGGUGUGAAGACUGGAUUUGAGCAUUUUGCCCUUGAAAGCCACCUGGAAAAAUUCCCCCAUUUUUAUUUUAAGAAAUAAAAUAAUUUUUUUAGAGUAAGAAGGCACUUUUAAAAUUAACACACAUACAGACUGCACACCUUCCCCAUAAAGUUUGGGGGGUGAGGGGUGGAGGAGUUGCUGGAAUCCGGCUCGGCACCCCCCCCCCAUACCCCAGAGCCACUGCGGGGUACUCUACUGGCCCUACGGGCCUCCCUGGCUUUUUUCUUUCCUUCCCCCAAAUUCAUUGAGCACUUAAUAAAGGAGCAGAGAUACAGCCUGUGUCCCGGCUCCCCCAGUGGUGCAGCGAUCUGAAGCUGGACGCUAGGAACAAGGUGAUGGGACUGUCCGGAGUUCAGGGGGAAUGUGGUCCCCCGGACUGUAAGUGGUGGGGGAGGGUGGGGUUAGGAAACUGGGUCUGGGAUUAUUUUAAAUUUAUAUAUAUAUAUAUAAAGAUAUAUUCUUACAUCUUUUGUUUGCCCUCUGUGCUUCGAAAGCACUGGAUAAAUUGUUUGGUUUUGCUUUUCUCUCUUCCACAAAAUUGGAAGCACCCCCCACCCCCGCCCACAAGUCAUCUCGCCUGGUGGCCUGUCUAGCCUCUUCCGCCCGCCUGCCGUGACCAAGUGCCAUUUCUGUUACGUCUCCCCUCCCCCAGCUCGGAGGUACCAGGUGCCCAAGUCCAUCACUUGAGACUCAAAGUGAGGAACAGAGAAUGUGCAAUACCGUCUGGUUGGGGCCACCCCUGCCCUGCGCUGAGCCUCCUCCCCGGGAGCCGGCACCUCUGAGUGCGGUUUGGAAGCAGGACGCUUGCAUGGGAGGGGAGUGGCGGGGAAGGCAGCCCAGUGCCUGCCCGGGGCCUGAGGCCGCAGGGAGGACAGGGCGGCCUUCCCUGCUUCUGUCCCCUCAGGCUCCGUUGCUUAGAGGCUGCUUGUCGAAUCGUAGAGCUCUGUGACCCUUGCUCAGUCGCUGAGGUUUGAUUUCUUACCCCUCCCCCCCAUCUUCAUGCCCUUCCUUGGGCUUCGUGAUGGGGGGAGUUUCCCGGAAUCAUGGUGAAGUCGGAGCCUUCCGCCGCCUCCCUUCCUUAUUUCUCUAGAUCCUCGUCGCUGAUCACCUCGUGUCCCUCUGAGUCUCUUGUUGCUCCCCAUCGCCAGGCUGGGCCCGUAGACACUAACCCUCCUGCCUGAAGAUAGGAAAGACGCCGUGUUCAGGGUCUGCUCUCCCGGAGCUCUGGAAGCUCAGAGGACGACUAGAGUGAGGACCCCCUGGUUCUUCCCGAGUCCUCUGCAUCCAGAGGCUCUCCAGGUGGUCCUUCGUGGACAGAGGCUUCCUCCCGAGAUGCCCGACACGGGCAGCUGAGCAGGAAAGCUUGGGUAAAGCUGAGGGACGGAGGUCUUCAUUUGUCAACCCUUCUUAAUUCUUGAUUUUCAUUUUCUGUUCUUCUCAUUUGACCACAGCAUCUGGACUUUCUCAUCCCCGGAAUAAGUAUUUUUCCAUAUUUUUGGAUUUAUGUAUGGUAGACAGUUUUUUUUUUGUUUUUUUUUUUUUUAAGACACAAAGAUAAAUGUUUUCCUGCUUUGGUUACCUUUCCUUUCCCCUUUAAAAGGACUUAGCUGUAGAGCCGCUUUGUAAAGAUGCUUCUUGGUAUUUUACUUUUGUCCCUUACCCCAAGCACUCCUUCCUCCUAACCUCCCUCUCCACACCCCACCCCACCCGGCCCUAGGCUCCCCUGCCCUCCAACAAGACCUUCAUUAGCUUAUGAUACUUGCUGCCGAGAUGUUAUAACAAGGACUCAUUCGUGUAUAUAAGCUAUUUCUUGAUCCAUUUAAAAGGAAUUGUACAUUGUGUAGAAAAAAAAAAAAAACCUGAAAAAGAGAAAAAAAAGCCCUCGCCAUGGAUAUUGUGAAACUGUGUUAUGUCAUUUUGUAAUGUGCCCGUUUGUGUAUGAUCCGUGCAAAAGGGUUUCUGGGGAAGGGGCGGGGGUCGGGAGGCAGGGCUGCGGAGGGCGGGGCGGGGAGUGGGCCGGGCCCAGCACACAGACUGGCAGCGGCUCCAGCCCCAUCCCUCCUCAGAGAUGCCACCUCCCCCACCUCCCAGCCCUGAUUUGUGCCUUGCCUCCCCGCCGGGUCACCAGCACUGCCUCGGCAGAGCCCACGCCCUCCCCCAACCUGCCCACCCUCCACCCCAGCAUUAGGCGGAUACUGUGGGAAGUGCUGGGGGUCGGGAGGUAGCCGAGGAAUGGGGCAGUUCCUGGGGACAUCGAAACCAAGUAUUAUUAUGAAUUGUAACUGUAUUUGCACUGUUUUUUUCCCUCUGAUUGCAUCAGCAUAUAUACAAUAUACCUAUAUAACGAAAUUCAGUGUCAAGCUUUCUUAUGCAGGGGAUCUCCCCCACCCCGCCCCCCAAACAACCUAGUUCUGUGGGUCUUUGCGAGUAGGUUAUCGAGGGAUGAUAGAGAGAAAGGACUCGAACAAGACCUCCUAAGGAAGCCUCACCUCCCGAGCCCCGCACAUCUGCUCGCAGUUUCCGGCUUCGUAAAUUGGGGUGAGGGGCCACCGUGAAACUCGGGUUCCUGGUCUGGGCCGUAGUGGGGUGGCAGCACCGGCCGGAAACUGGGGUCGCCCCAGGCUUCCCCAUGAACUUGCUGUGUGACCUGUGGUAGUUCAUCUUCCGGGUCUCCGUUUCCUUACUUGUGAGGUGACCGGGGAGAGCAAACGCCAGGCCGUCUGCUUCCUUCCUCACCUGCCGGGCGACAGGCCCCCCGCCGGUCCUCUGCUUUUGAGAAGGGGCAGGCUGACGUCUGGCCAUCAGGGCACCUGGGAGUGCUGUGGCCUCAGGCCCGCGACCCCAUCGCGGCAGCCGCAGGGUCGCAGGGUCGGAGGGGCGCGUGAGUGGCGGAGCCCAGGCUGCUAGUCUAGCCUCGCUGCGCCCUCUGUGAGCUGCUGGGGGGGUGGGGGGGGGAGCAGAGGUGACAGUGUAGCAGAGCCCGGUGCACCCCAGUUCUUGGCUCCUUCAGAACUCACGUGAGCCCUUGCAGGCGGCUCCCCAGGGCCUGGGCUGAGGCUCCCACCCUGUAGGCUCCUGGCCUGGGAAGCCUGGAGAGGAUCUGGGGAGGUGGCGUAGGCCUGGGGAAGGUGGGGGCAGAGCAGGGUUGGGGCGGGGAGCAGGGCUGGGGCGGGAUGGGCCUCUCUGAAUGCGGGUGGGGGGGGCAAGACCCUUUUGCACAGGCUCUAAGUUUCCUUUUUUUUAACUCAUUCUGAUUUUCUGCAUUGUGUUUGGAAAUUAAAAUGAAAAAACUAAGACCAACAGAAACUGGUUUUCAAAAAGGCAAAUACACUCCCAUCUGUUUCAGAUGCUGCUGAGCAUUUCAGCAGUAACAGAUUCAAAUAAUAAGCUAAUUUUUGGAGAAAGGAUUAAAAGAAAAAAACUUUGUAAUAUUUAUCACUUGCAAGCUAUGUUUAAUAAAGAAAGGAAUGGUUUCUAAA